AUGUUGAUCAAUACAUUUGAGCAGCUAGAGCCUGAAUAUCUCCAACACUUGAGGAAACAAAUAGGGAACGUGUGGUCCGUAGGGCCCGUGCUCCCACCAAGUUCUUCUGGUAGGGCCUCCCGGGGAAAAAUGGCAGGAAUUGGUGAAGAGAAGUUGCUACAAUGGUUGGAAUCUCAGAACCCAAGCUCGGUUGUGUAUAUAUCCUUUGGAAGUCAAACCUUUUUAUCCGAAGAGCAAAGCAAGGCGUUAGCAUGUGGUCUGGAAACCAACGAGCAACCCUUCAUUUGGGCUAUCAAAGUGUCCCCAAAGAUAGAACCACUCUUAUCUGACACACCACUAGAUCUGUCUUGCACUUGUCUUCCCAAGGGCUUCCAUGAGCGCAUGAAGAAUAGAGGGCUGGUCAUAUGGGGUUGGGCACCACAACUUCUUAUUCUCUCACAUCCAUCUGUGGGUGCUUUCAUGAGCCACUACGGGUGGAAUUCUAUGCUUGAAAGCGUAAGUCUUGGAGUCCCGUUGGUUACAUGGCCCAUGUAUGCAAACCAACACUUCAAUUCGAAACUGGCAAUCAAAUUGGGGAUCAGAAUUCAAGUGUGCGAGAAUAGAGAUGGAAUUCCAGAGAAGCAACGAGUGGAGGAGGGUGUAAUACUUGUGAUGGGUAAAGGUGAGGGUAAAGAGAUGAAAAAAGAUGUAGAGAAGUUGAAGGACAUGGCCGGAAAAGCUAUUACAGAGGGAGGAUCUUCCACCGGGAAAUUAAAAGAUUUUGUGAAUGAGAUGUAUAAGUUUCACCUAGCAAGAAAGGGUGUAAAAUGA